AUGGCUGAAAGGAUGGACCGCAUAGAAAUAACAAUGUACGAGAUAAAGACGAGUCUCAAAGCGAUCCAACCAAGAAACCAAUCUGGUAAGCUCGCAAUGUCUGAAGCCUCCAAUUUGACGACCCGACCUGAAAAAGGCAAAGCCCCGGCAAGGCCAGAUACAUACCCUCCGGUCGACAGCACAAAUGUGACCUCCAAACCAGAGCCCUAUUCCAUUGUUUUAACACCUGGCGAAAAAUUUGUCAAAGAAGCUUGGCCUCAAGCACUUCUGGCUCAUGAGGUAAAUCACGAGGCAUAUACCAGCAUAAAAAAUAAGGUGAUAAUAAGACCGGAACUUCGCCUGGACAAGGCCAAUUCUACUGUAUUUUCCAAGCUCGCUGAAAUUCAGUCAGUUUUUAGAAUUGCCUUAGUCCCGUACUGGUACUGGCCACAACGGCUUUGCUUAGACAUGAAAGAGGACUUUCAAUGUACACGCGUUUGGGCUGAGGAAAAUCCGGCAACUACUUGGCCCUUGCUACUGGAAGCAAUCUUCAAAACUAUGCAGCGACUAGACGUCCUACAUAGUCCCAGAACCAUCUUCUCCCGCCUCGCUGCCAGAGAUGGAGAAGACGUUAAAUCCUUCACCACCAGAAUCCGCGAAUGCUACUACGGCCUGUCCAAGCAAGACAGAGGAAGCAAUACUACUCGAGAUACUCUAUCUGAUAUCACAAAGACCUACUUGCCGCAUAUAUGGACACAUCUCCAGCCAAUGAUGGUAGGAAGAUCAAACAGUGAUGGUGUCAAACUACUUGUUCAAAUAGCGACCCGGAUCUCGAAAUGGCCAGCGCAAGCAAAUCUUUGCGUUAGCGCGUAUACAAACUCAUCGUCUAAGCUAAUGAUAUCAGAUCCCAGGCAGAACCAGCCUUUAGUAUUCCCAAUUCAAGAGAAAGCUGACAUGACAUCACCUAAACUUGAGUGCUCUUUUCCGGUACGCGACGGCAGUUGUGCCAUUUGUAAAAAAAUGGGACACUGGGCUAGAGAAUGCCCAAAGAAUAACUACACAAAGCAAGUACCGCCGCAUUACAAGCAAGAUACCGGUAAAGGUAAGUACGGUAACUUCAAGAAGAAAUUUUCGGCCCUCUUGGACAAAAGUAGGAAUCAAAAGCAACCACAGCACAUAGGGAGACCAGGGAACCGAGGAACCUAUCUUAUCAACUCAAUUGACCCUGAAGAGACAUCUGGUGACUAUGAUAACGCAGAUUGUUUUCCAACAGACGACGAGUUGGAAAAAUUCUUCGAUGAAUUAGAAGAAGAACAUCCUGUCGAGUAA